AUGCCCGCCAAAGUAUCGCCGACCGGGUCCAGUCAGUUCCGGUUUUGCGUCCAAAUUGCUGAUCCGCCCCAAUUUCCAUUCACCUUACAACAAUAUUGCUUUUGCCUGUCUUUGGUGCGUACACACUUACACUCUUGCAUCACUUGCCGGUUGCCUCCUGAGGCUAGAAACACUGAGCUGGCGUGUAGAGAACAACUGCAUUUGGCUGUCGGAGACUCGGCCUUCUAA